AUGAUGAUGAUGAUGAGCUCAACAAUGCUCAAGAAACUGAAGCUCUCCAACCCGUCUCUCGACUCCUUCGCUCACCAACUCCUCCAGAGAUGCUCCGUGAGCGGGACUGCCAAGGGCAAGGCCAAGAUCAAAACCGGGCAGCCUUUAAAGCGAUCUAAGGUCACCACCAAAAAGGGUUCCAACGAACCCUCCAAGAAGGAAGGUCCCCGGAGGCAAUCCCAGUUUGACGAGAUGGUCGAUCAAUGCUUGACCGCCACGUCACCCCUCCGGUUCCUGAAGCCCAAGGAAAAAGCCCGGGAAGCCGAGCGUGAGAAAAUGGGCCUCAUAAGCAAGUCCAACGAACAGGCCAAGGAGAAGCUCAAGAAAAAGGCGAAGGAGGAUGAAUUCGCCUCUCCAUGGAUAAUGGGUACGCCCGGCAUGGAUUUUAUCACAUUGGGUUUGGUCGAUGCCGAUAAAAUACCCAAAUACGAUCUUAAUGUGGAGGAUGGGCGGCGGCUGGCUAAGGAGUAUAGUCGGGUGCUGAUGAGGAAGCACAGGGCAAGGCAGGCUGCCGAGACGAACCUGUUGAGGCUGAAAAAGGAAGCUAUCGAGGCCCUGCCGGAGGAUCUUAGGGCGGCGGCUCUGGUUCCGGAUUUGAGCCCGUUUCCGGUGAACAGAUUCAUGGCCACACUGACUCCACCAAUUGAAGGGUAUAUCGAGAAGAUCGAUGAGGCAGCCAGGAAGAGUGCAGCCAAGGAGAAGCUCAGAUGA